AUGCGUUACGUUCUCGUCUCAGGCGGUGUCAUCUCUGGAGUGGGCAAGGGCAUCAUCGCCUCUUCCACGGGUCUGCUUCUCAAGACCCUGGGAUUGCGUGUCACUAGCAUCAAGAUCGACCCGUACCUGUCGGUCGAUGCUGGUCUCAUGGCCCCCGCCGAGCACGGCGAAUGCUUUGUGGUUCACCUGGGCAACUACGAGCGCUACCUCGCCAUCCGUUUGACCGGCGAGCACAACAUCACCACCGGCAAGGUGUACAGACAUGUCAUCGACAAGGAGCGCCGCGGCGACUAUCUCGGAAAGACCGUGCAGGUCGUCCCCCACGUCACUGAUGCCAUCCAGGAUUGGAUUGAGCGCGUGGCCAAGAUCCCCACAGACGACUCGGGCGAGGAGCCGGAUGUCUGCAUUAUCGAGCUUGGAGCAGGAAGCGGCAACUUCAUCCAGAUCCACGUCUCCUACGUCCCCACCAUCCACGGCGAGCAGAAGACCAAGCCCACACAGCAUGCCGUGAAGACGGUCCGCAGUUACGGUCUUGUCCCUGAUAUGAUUGCUUGCCGUUGCGAGCAGCCUCUCAUGGAGGCCACGGUCAAGAAGAUUGCCCUCCUCUGCCAGGUCGAUGUGCCCCAGGUUCUUGUCGUCCGCGACAUGCCCACCAUCUACCAGGUCCCCCUCCUCCUGGAGGAGCAGAACCUCAUUCCCUGGCUGCGCAAGGCUGUCAACCUCGACGCUCUGCACAUUCCCCAAUCUCGCAUCGCCGAGGGCGAGGCGCUCUGGAAGACGUGGGCGUCCGUCGUCAGCCGCCCGACUGAUGGCGAGAUCAACAUUGCCCUCGUCGGCAAGUACGUCAAGUCUCAGGACGCCUACCUGUCCACCGUCAAGGCCUUGGAGCACUCGGCCAUGUACCUGCGCAAGAAGCUCAACAUCUGCUGGGUGGAUGCCGAGCACCUUGAGCCCCAGGCCAAGUCCCAAGACCAGGCUCAGUACCACAAGGCGUGGCACGAUGUCUGCACUGCCUCCGGCAUUAUCGUCCCUGGUGGCUUCGGUAACAGAGGUACCGAGGGUAUGAUGAAGGUUUCCAAGUGGGCGCGCGAGAACGGCACCCCCUUCCUCGGUGUCUGCCUCGGUUUUCAGACCGCCAUUAUCCAGCACGCCCGCGACUUCCUCAACUUCCCCAACGCCACGUCAGAGGAAUUCGACGCCUCGGCGGAGCACAAGGCCGUCAUCUACAUGCCCGAGAUCAGCCGCGACAAGCUCGGCGGCACCAUGCGCCUGGGUCUGCGCCCGACCGAGUUCCAGCCCGGCAGCGAGUGGUCCAAGCUGCGCGCUCUGUACGGCGAGGCCGAGUCCGUGGAGGAGAGACACCGCCACCGCUACGAGGCCAACCCGGCCUACAUCGAGAAGCUCACCGAGGCUGGCCUCAACUUUGUCGGCAAGGACGAGACUGGCGAGCGUAUGGAGAUCUUUGAGAUUAAGGACCACCCGUACUUUGUCGGCACCCAGUUCCACGCCGAGUACCAGUCCAAGGUCCUCAACCCUAGCAGACCCUACCUCGGCCUCGUCGCCGCCAGUGCCGGAUGCCUCGACCAGGUCAUCAAGGAGCAGCUUGCGGCCGCCAAGCAGGCCAACGGCGCCAAGCACGUCGUCUAA